AUGCCGUUUGAAAAGAAUCGAUUUACUAAAACAGAAUUUAUUGAUGGCGAAGAUGAGGAGGAUGAUUACUAUGCAAAAUUUAAAUUUAGUACAUCAAGUUAUGUUAGUUCAUCAUCUGCACCAUCACAAAAAACAAAAACUGAUAACAGUACAGCUACAAAAACUGUUAGACAACAGACUAGUCAUGGUCAAUCAGCUCUUGAUUCAGCUAUAAUAUGUGCCUUAAAAUCACAUCCAAAAACAUUUCGUUUCACACAAAAAAAAUUGACAGAAGUAUCGAAUACAAUUCAGCAUUUAUCAAUAUGCCAAAUACGUGAACUUGAUUUGUAUGGAAAUUAUUUGACAGAAUUGCCAAAUGAAAUACAAUUAUUACAAUCAAUUGAGAGCUGUAAUUUAGAUCAAGCUAAUUAUCGACUUGUAAUGAAUCUCGUUCAUAAUUUGACAUUAAUUUUAGGCAACAAUAAAUUUGAACAAUUUCCAUUUGUCAUUAGUUCAUUAACAAAACUUUCAAAAUUACUUUUAUAUCGAAACAAUCUUAAAGAUUUAUCUCCAAAAGCAUGUGUUUAUUUGACAAAUUUACGCAUAUUAAAUUUAAACUAUAAUUUUAUCACACAAUUACCAAUUGAAAUUGGUUAUUUAAAACAAUUAGAAAUAUUUUCUAUUGAACAUAAUCAAUUACAAGAACUUCCACGUGAAAUUGGUUCAUGUACAAAAUUACUUGAAUUAUAUUUAGGUUAUAAUCAAUUAAAAAAAUUACCAUUAGAAAUUGGUUAUUUAACUGAAUUACAACGUUUAAUAUUACAUCGUAAUCGUUUAUUAGAAUUACCGGAAAGUAUAACAAAUAUUAAACAUUCAUUAAAACAUCUUGAUGUAGCUGCUAAUGAAUUACGAAUAUUUCCAAGUAAAUUUCAUUCUUUAAAUUUGAAUGAAUUUCAUUAUGAAAAUAAUCCAUUAUUAGUACGAGCACCCAUUCAUUCAGUACAAGAACAAGAAAUUUUAAAUUUAAAAGAACUUUGUGCAAGACAAACAAUGAGAGAAUUACGCUACACAUCAUCGACAGUACCAGCAAAUGAAACCUAUGCAAGACAACAAAAGUUAAGAGAUGAAAUUCAACAAUCAAAACGUGCAAAAGAAAUAUUAAUGCAAUGUACAGAAUGUCAAUUUUGUCACAAUUAUUUUUUAAAUACAUGGCUUGAAUGUGUUGAAUAUUUGGAUGUAAGAAAAACAUUUAAAAAUAUACAUAAUUCAACUACAACAGCAAAUAUUGUACCACAACGAGUUUUACUAUGUUCAUACGAAUGUUUCAAUAGUCCAGGACACGAAUAUUUUGGAGUGGCAUUUCCGUAA